UCGUUGCGAUGAAGAAAAAGAAGAAACAAACAAGCAGUAAUCAAAAGCAAAGACGCAAUGAAAAUCAGUGGAAAGAAAAAAUUUUCGGUGUUAAUAAAACAAACAACAAUUGCAUAGACACACAAAUUUCACCUAGAAAGAAAGCUAAUAAAAUAAAUAUAAACAAAAACGUUGAUAAAAUAAUAAUAAAUUAAAAUAUGCAAAAAUAUAAACAAACAACAAAACGAAAAAAACAAGUUUAACCAUGAAAUCAAUUGACAAGUGUUACUAUACCAUAUAACAUAUACACAAGGGGGAGGGAUGUACUACAAGAAAAUAUGAAAAAAGUGUUGGAAAAAAAUAUACAAUUUAAAGAGAAAACCAGGAGAAGGAUAAAUAAUAAUAAUAAAAAAGCAACAAAAAUAUAUUUUUAUUGACAACCCAGAAGAAAGUGGAAGGAAAAUUCUGCGUAGAAAGAAAAAAGAUGUAAAAAAUCAAACACAAACCGGUCGGUGAAAAAAUUAAAGAUUUUUUUUAAAUAAAUAAGUUUUUUGUUUGUGAUAAUUUAAACAAAAAGCUAAAAAAAAAAUUAAACAAAAGAAAGUGUUACAUUUUGUAUGAGCGGCAAUAAUAAUAAAUUAUACAAAUUAGCAAUAAUUACAACAAAAACGCUGACCAUAUGUUAAAUAAAAGAAAAUUUUUACAAUUUUUUUUUUGUAUAUUAUAGCUGAAAAAGAAAAAAAAAAUACACAAUAAAGAAAUAAAACAAAAACACAGAAAAGUGUACUACGACUAUUAUGAAAACGGGUGAGGCCAGUAGAGUGUCUCUUGUUGCCUACAGACUGAUGGCCAGGUAAGCUGCGCUAAACUACAAGUCGCAGCUAAACUAAAACUAUAGUUUUUUUCUUCGUUUUUAAAUUUAUGCGCAAUUUUUUUUGCGGAUUUCUUUCGGUAAAUGCUCUUAAGCUAAAACGUAAAUAAAACUUAAAAUUUCAAUAAAAAGUGCCAAAUCUUUAAUAAAUUGAAAAUCUAUAGCAAGGAAGUAUUUCUUGUUUAUUUAACUCUAGUUUUCUUCAAAAUAAAAAAACAAUUUUUUCUUAACAAUGACCUUAAAUCUAGCGUUUCGUUUACAAAAAAUUAUAAAAAAUAUGUAAAUUUUAAUUAAUAAUAAUUAAAAACCAACAACUAACAGCCUAGACAUAAAAAGCAUUUUAUCUCUCGAAUUCCGAAUUGCCCCUUAAACCAGCCUAAUGUUUUUUCUAUUCUCAUAUUACGUGGACCAACGAUAAGUUGUACUCAAGUAUUUUUUUGCCAAUGUCGAAUAACGGCAUAAAUAGCGCUACAAAUGGGCGCACUAGUGCCAAUAAUACCCAUGCUACGGCAACAAGCAACACUAACACCAGCUCCUCCACAGCAGCGGCAGCAGCAAAAAAUUCUCAAACCGGCAACAUCACAACAACUAAUAAUGCAACGAUUAACACAACACUUAAUAAUGCUAAGACGUCAAUUAGUUUUAAAACUACAGCACUGCCAGAUAAACAACAGCAACUACAACAACCACAUCAGCCGAAAACAAAUAACAACGAACAUCAUCAACAUCAUCAUGUAAAUACCGGAACAGCAACAGGAACUGCAACAUCAUCAUCAGCGUCAUUAAGACAACCCAUAGCCAAUGUAAAUAUAAAUACAACAAAAAUUCAAACUCAUAGACGUGAUAGUUCAACAGUUAGUGGACACCAUAAUUCACACACUAGUGGUAUACACUUGCCACAAAGCCUAAAAGAUGCCUCAAAAUAUAGAUACAUACAACCGCAGACGCUAUAUCGUAAUGAUAAUAACCAGACUAAUCAGGAUGAAGUCGAUAAGGUAGAGAUAGAUCCUAAUCAUGAUCAUUGUUUAGUUUACUAUGAUGAUCAAUUGAUAGCGGGCAGUUUAGAUGCAUUGAUCGAACAUAUGGUACCCACUUCCGAGUAUUAUCCCGAGAGAACCUACACAUUUUCGUUUCUCUUGAGCGUGAGGCUAUUUAUACGACCCCAUGAAUUGCUGGCCAAAAUAUCACAAACAUGGGAACAACAACAGCAGCAGCUGCUGCAGCAGCAGUCUGGUACUGCUCAAGAUCAAGUAGAUGAUGCUGGUCAUUUUACAAAUCUCUGUGCAACACAAGCGGGCAUAAACAAUUCUCCUCUACUACAACGCAAGCCGGGACAACUUGCUACGCAAACGCAAAAAUCUGCUCAAAAUUGUAUACGCCUUUUGGCGGAAUGGAUAGAAACGUUUCCGUAUGAUUUUCGAGAUGAACGUCUUAUGCAGCAGGUGCGUAUUUUAACGCGUAAAUGUGUCUACAUAGACAAUGCUUUGGGCAAACAGGUGUCGCGCAUUUUGCAGCUUUUAGUACAACGUUUGACUGCUCUAGAGAAAUAUGAAGAAUUCUUACAAUCUCUUUUACAAAAUGAUCUCAAUACAAUCAUACAACCCCACUAUAGCACCUCUGCAUCGGCUUCUUAUUCCUCCUCUUCGUCAUCGACUUCUUCCUCGAAUGCAGCUCAUAACUCGCUAACAAAAUCUUCUGUUCAAGCAUUAAAUAGUCAUCAUGAUCAUGGAUCCUCCACGCAAAAGAAUCAUUAUCUGCUCAAUGCUCAAUUUUCUCAUAUCUCAACUUCAACACCUGCUUCUUAUACGACCUCCUCGAAUACGGGAGGACAUUCUUCUUCAGAUUCUCCUAAUAGUCAUGAUAUCUUUAGCAUAAUGGAUCUAUGUCCCAGUUGUGCUCAAUUGGCUCAUCAGUUAACAGCCAUAGAAUUGGAACGUUUGUCACACAUAGGUCCUGAGGAGUUUGUACAAGCUUUUGCUAAAGAAUAUCAAAAUUCUAUGAGUAAAAAUGUUUCCUCUUCCUCGUCGUCUGCGGCAACAAGUGGUGGUUCUUCAGCACAGCAACAAAUAAUGCAAACUUCCCUCAAUGAUAUGAAAAAGACUAGGAAUUUGGAAUCCUAUGUCGAGUGGUUUAAUCGUUUGAGUUAUCUUACCGCCUCGGAAAUUGUGAAGUACCCCAAAAAGAAACAGCGUGUUCGCAUUAUUGAAUACUGGAUUGAGACCGCCCGAGAAUGUUUUAAUAUUGGCAAUUUUAAUAGUCUUAUGGCAAUAAUAGCUGGUCUAAAUUUAGCCCCCAUUUCAAGACUAAAAAAGACGUGGUCCAAAAUCCAAUCCGCCAAAUUUUCUGUUCUAGAACAUCAAAUGGAUCCCACUUCGAAUUUCAAUAGCUAUCGUUCGACUUUGAAGGCGGCCAUGUGGCGUUCGGAGGGCGCCACCGAAGAGCGUGAACGUAUAAUCAUUCCAUUUUUUAGUUUAUUUGUUAAGGAUUUGUAUUUUCUCAAUGAGGGAUGUUCAAAUAGAUUACCCAACAAUCAUAUCAAUUUCGAAAAAUGCUCUCAACUGGCCAAACAAGUUAUGGAAUUUAACGAAUGGAAAAAAGUAACAUGUCCCUUCGAGAAGCUACCGAAUGUCAUUUCGUAUUUGCAAAAUAGUCCCGUUUUAAAUGAAAACACUCUAUCGAUGGCUUCGUUUGAAUGUGAACCUCCGGAAAACACUGAAGAAAAAGAUCGCUAUAAAACGGUUAAGGCCGAAACUAAACAACAGCUAUUACAACAAUUACAAGAACAACAAUUGCAACAACAUUAAUAAAACAAG